UACAGCUUACUAAAGAAUCCGUUGCAACAGGUGUUCGUAUUUUAACGUUGGUAUUAUAUAUAUGUAUAUGCAAGCAUUGUUGCAGACGACACGACGAACGACGAGUGUUGUGACGUUUUGUUGUUUUGUGUCUUGUGUGUAACCUAUAUCAUUGUCGGCUGACGUGUAUAUCUGAAUACAACCCGGCUCUUGAGAAAAAAGUAUUAAUUAUGUCAAAUUCAAAAUCUGAAAGUUGUAAUGACUCUGAUCUAGAAGUUUUUGAAGAAAAAUCGUUUUCUUGUGACAAGUUUCUUAUAAAAAUUUUCACUCUCAUCACAUGCAUAAAAGUUCUUCUAAUUCCAACAUAUCAUUCAACGGAUUUUGAAGUUCAUCGCAAUUGGCUUGCCAUCACAAACAGUUUAAAAAUAGAUGAAUGGUACACAAGUUCAAAGUCUCAGUGGACAUUAGAUUAUCCUCCUUUUUUCGCUUGGUUUGAAUAUGCCUUGAGUAAAGCAGCAGUUUUCUUUGAUCCCGAGAUGCUGAAAGAUGAUAAUUUUGAUUAUGCUUCUACAAAUACCAAAUUUUUUCAAAGACUGACAGUCAUGAUUGCCGACCUGUUUUUCGUUUACGGUGUGAAAGAAGUAGGGCAAGUUUUUUGUAAAUCAAAUAAAAGUUUUGUUGCACUAACUCUUCUAUCUUUGUGUAACAUUGGAUUACUUGUUGUGGACCACAUACAUUUUCAAUACAAUGGAUUCCUUCUUGGUGUUUUGUUGAUAUCAAUAGCAAAAGUAUCAAGAGUAUCAAGUGACAUCAGCGUUUUGCAAGGAGCUAUGUGGUUUUCUAUACUUCUAAAUUUGAAACAUUUAUAUUUAUACGUAGCUCCAGCUUAUGGCGUAUGGCUUUUGAGAAGCUACUGUUUAAAGGGUGAUAAAUUUAUUUCCCGAUUUUUAAAACUUGGAGCAAUAGUGAUUUUCGUAUUCUGCCUGGCAUUUGGACCAUUUGUACAUCAAAUACCUCAAGUCUUAUCUAGACUAUUUCCAUUUAAAAGAGGGCUUGUUCAUUCAUACUGGGCUGCAAAUGCUUGGGCGCUGUAUGCUGGAGUCGAUAAAAUUUUAUCUGUGAUAUGGAAGAAAGCUGGUUGGCUGGACAACAUUAAAGUCGCUUCAAUGACUGGUGGACUAGUUCAAGAAGAAUCAUUUACAGUUUUACCCACUCCAACGCCAUUAGUUACAUUUCUUAUUACUUUCGUGAUGAUGGUUCCUGCUCUUUGUGUUUUAUUUUUUAAGAAAGAAAAACAUAGCAAUUCCAAAAAUUUCGUAAGAUGUGUCGUGAUAUGUGGCCUCACUUCUUUCAUGUUUAGCUGGCAUGUCCAUGAAAAAGCCAUACUUACAGCUAUAAUACCACUAUGUGUUCUUUCAACAAUAGAUAUCAAUGAUGCCAGGAUAUUCAUUUUGUUGAGUUCAGCAGGCCAUGCAGCUCUAUUUCCAUUACUUCAUCCAGUGUAUUUGACACCGUUGAAAUUAUUUUUGUGGUUUGCAUAUUUUCUUGGAUCGCUAAUUCUGUUCAAGAAUAAUUUUUCCGGUAAAACACUGCACAUCUUAGAGUGGCUGUAUUUGGCGCUCAUUCCUGGUAUGACGAUUUACGAAAGUGUGUUGCACAGAGUCAUUUUUGGUGAUAAACUUCCUUUUUUGCCAUUGGCAUUGACAUCUGUUUAUUGUGCAAUAGGAGUUUCAUAUUCAUACAUUAUUUAUUACUGCAAGUACGUUUUCGAGGACAAUGCACCUAUUCAAAACCAAAGACGGAAGAGCACUGAAAAUAGCACGAAAUGUGAACUGGAAAAAGAUGCUUGAGACUUAACAUUAAGAUACUCGCUUCAAAAGUUGAAUAAAGCCUUUGAUUAAUAUUUUUAAUACUUACAUCAGUUAUUUUAA